AUGCUUAAACGGGGUCCAUGGGGUUGUAACCACCCCCCUAACCCUCCCUGCCUACACCUCUGGUACUGGCGUAACGGGAUUACGAAGCUGCGAUCUGUAAAACAUUACUAUGUGCUUAAACAGAGGAGGGAAGACACCAGGGCAAGGAAGAAUCUCUUGACAGACAUUCUUAAUCAUAUGUACCUUUAUUUAUUCCAGGACGAAAUGUUUUUCCAAAACUGGCUGGCCAAGCAAGCGGCCAAAGAAGGAUCCAACAAAGGUCUGAACAUGGCCAUUCCACCUUUAAACAAACGAACUGCCCCUCGUCUUCAGAUUGAUGGCUUACCUGGGUAUGACAAACUUAACGAGGCAGAGAAAGAGCUCUGUUCAGAAGCUCGUUUGGUCCCUGACGCGUACCUGGAGUUCUCCAAACUUCUAAUAUCUGAGUGUGCAAAGAACGGAUUCCUGCGACUAGCCCAGGCUAGAACUCUCAUCAAGAUUGAUGUCAACAAAACCAGGAAGCUCUACGACUUUCUAGUCUCUAACGGCCAGAUUAACAAAGAGCCACCUUAGGAUGUCUAUUGAAAUAAA